AUGUGUUUAUUAAGAGUUAACUUGGAAAAUUAUUUGGCAACAGACAACUUCCUUGUGGAUUACUUUAAUGAGUUCUUAAGUCUUCCUACCUUUCCAGAGGCAAUUAGAUUUAAUGUAGACUAUGGAGUUUUUGAAGUAGUUAAUGAUGCACCACAACUUCUGGAAAAGCAACUGAAAAAAAUCCUGCAAAACCAGCAACCUCGGAAUCCCAUCUAUGAUGUUGUAAGAAAAGGGAAGAGUGACAAUAAAUCUAUUCCAAAAAGUGUCCCCUGUGAAGAUGAGGCCAUCAAUGUCAACUACACCAUCAUGUGUCUCAAGCGUGAACAAGGUAUUGAUUGGAUCAAAAGGAAAAGACUCCCGGCAUUUCUGGAAAGUGAUUGCUACUUUGAAUACAGGUUAGCAAAGUUGAUCUCGCAAGCAGCAUGGAGCGGCACAGGCGUGAAUUUCAUAGUGGGUACAAACUUUACCCCCUGGAUCCCGAGAAGACCACCUGCUCCACCUCCUCCCAGCUCUGAAGAAGACAAUUAUAUGAUUAUGAAGAAGUUCUACGUUUCACUUGGCCAGGCUUCCUAUACUCAAACAAAAGACUGGUUUACACUAGCCAAAGAGAGUGAGAAGACAGUAACGAUGGCUUCCUUACCCUACUGUAUACCCCACCACCAGACUGCAUCCCCAGUUAUUGCCACAGCUUCUGAGAUUUUUGAUGAUGGCGUUCACCCCAGGACAAUAAAAAACCUGUCUAAAACCUCUAAAGUAGCUUCCGAGCUGGAUGAAGAAGAAGAAGGGUCUAUAUCGAUAAAAGACUCACCUUCUCAAGCUCUUCUGAGGAUAUACCUGGAGAAGAAGGAUGAGAGGGAAAGAAACCUGACCCUGCACUUCUCGUCGGUUGAAGAAUUCCUAGAUGCCUACAUCAUCUUUAUCCUGAGAGAGGCCAUCCAGCACAUCAUGGGCCAGUCCCUUAGUGACACUCCAGACUACAUCAACUACUACAAAGUGUCCCAUGUGAUAUUUGAUAAAGUCCAGCCUGUGCCUAGCAACAAGGGUACAGUUUCACCCCCUGCUGAAAUGGUAGAGGAAAUCUCAAAAGAUAGAUUGGAAAAUGUAAGUUUAAGUUCAGAGAGUGAGAGUGUUGGGCCUGAGAGCAGGGCAGACUGGUGCAUCUCUCACAGGACCUAUGACAUUGGUAACCGAAGGGAAUUUGAAAGAUUUAAGAAGUUUCUAAAGGGCACACUAGGAGAGAGGUACUGGUGGCUGUGGAUGGACAUAGAGAGGCUGAAAGUUCUUAAGGACCCUGGAAGACAUCAAAGACAUCUUGAGAAAAUGAAAAAAUGCUACCUUGUGAGCAGUGGGGAACGCUACCUUUCUGCAGAAAUCUUAUCGAAGUUUAAGCUGCUACAUGGAUCACGGUGGACAGCAGACCACUUGAAAAACAUUCAGGCUGAGGUUUUAAAACCUCUGCUUCUGUAUUGGGCACCAAGAUUUUGUGUAACACAUUCGGCUUCAGCAAAAAAUGCUAGCACUGAGCUGAAGUUCUGGCGCCUCCGUCAAGAGAAGCCCAGGAAGGAUGUUGACCCUUUUCCACAGAUGGCCACCCUCCUGCCAUUAAGACCAAAGUCCUGCGUUCCACAGAUCCCUGAGGUCCAGGGAGAAGAAAUCGAUUUAUUUCAACCAUCUAAAUCUAAGAAAUUAUCAAAAAUAAAUGCAGGAACUCAACAAAUUGGGAGAAGUGAGUCUCUGUACGCAGUUUCUUCUAAGGAUGGCGGGCUUGAGAAAGGGUCAAGGAGGCUACCAGAGAGCACCACUGUGGUCCGCUUGACAUCUUUUACUGACAUCUCUGAGUGUCUGAAGCCCCAGCUGGAGAGAAAAUACACCUACACAGAGGAGCUUAAUGUUAAAACUGUAUCAAAUGUUGGAGCCUUGGGAGGAUUUGACAUGGAAAACUUGUUGCAAUCUUUGUAUGUAGAAAACAGAGCUGGAUUCUUCUUUACUAAAUUCUGUGAGAAUUCAGGGAACAAGCUGUGGAAGCACAGUGUGUACUUUUGGUUUGACCUACAGGCUUAUCAUCAGCUGUUCUACCAAGAAACACUUCAACCUUUCAAAGUAUGCAAGCAAGCCCAAUAUCUUUUUGCCACUUACAUUGCUCCGUCAGCCAGUUGUGACAUUGGACUCCAUCAGGAAGGGAAGAAAGACAUUUACAUGAAAAUACAGCCACCAUUCGAAGAUCUUUUUGAUACAGCAGAGGAGUUUAUCCUUCUCAGCCUUCUGGAACCCUGGACACAGAUGGUGAUGUCAGACCAGGUGGCUUACAAAAAGGUAGAACUACAAGAAGAGACUCGGCAACUAGAUUCUGCAUGUUUCAGAAAGCUACAUGCUUUGCAUAAAGAAACAAUGUCCAAGAAGACUGAGGACACCACUGGAUAUGCAGUGGCCACACUGUCACUCUCGGACGUCUCUAAACAAACAGAGUAUUGGCUUAAUGUUCCUGAGGAAUACAAACACUUUACCUUUAAUGACCUACUUAACAACAAACUGGAAUUUGAACAUUUUCGUCAGUUUCUUGAGUCUCAUUCUUCAAGCAUUGAUCUUAUGUGUUGGAUAGAUAUCGAACAGUUCCGAAGAAUCGUUUUUAAAGACCAAAAGCAAAGAGAGGCAAAGUCUAUAUACAUUAAAAACAAAUACCUUAAUAAAAAAUAUUUCUUUGGACCCAGAAGUCCAGCUUCUUUGCAUCAACAGAACCAGAUAAUGCUUCUGAGCGGUGGCUGGGGCAGGAUUCUGCACGAGCAGCUUGACGCAUCUGUGCUGGUGGAAAUCCAGAAGCACGUCUUGAAUAGGCUGGAAAAUGUGUGGCUGCCAUUAUUUCUCUCAAGUGAACAGUUUGCAUCACGUCAGAAGAUAAAGACACAGAUGAAAGAUAUAGCAGAUGAGCUAUUACUGCAGAGGCAUGACAGGAAAAUUGGAGUUUGGAAGCCUGUGGAGAGUAAGUGGAUAUCUUCAUCCUGUGAGAUUAUUGCAUUCCGUAAAGCAUUAUUGAAUCCAGUCACUGCAAGGCAAUUUCAACGGUUUGUGGCCCUGAAAGGAGAUUUAUUGGAAAAUGGAGUUCUUUUUUGGCAAGAAGUACAAAAGUUUAAGGAUUUGUGCCACUCACAUUGUGAUGAAUCUCUCAUCCACAAGAAGAUUACAACCAUCAUCAACUGCUUCAUUAACUCCUGUAUCCCACCAGCUUUACAGAUUGAUAUUCCAGUUGAGCAAGCCCAGAAGAUCCUUGAACACAGGAAGGAGCUGGGGCCAUAUGUGUUCCGAGAGGCGCAGAUGACAAUUUUUGGGGUUCUGUUUAAGUUUUGGCCACAGUUUUGUGAGUUUAGGAAGAAUUUAACUGACGAGAAAAUCAUGAGUGUUUUAGAGAGAAGACAAGAAUAUAAGCAGAAAAGGAAAGCAUCAGACAUAGAAGAGGACAAGUCCGGAAAGACUGGAGUCAGGCAGUAUGCAAGUACAACAGCCUCUCUUCCAAAACCGACCUUAGGUAGCGAGUCCCUGCUGGUCCUGCAGUCCUACGGCCGGCAGCCAACCUGGUGCUAUUCAAAGUACAUUGAAGCCUUGGAACAAGAGCGAAUUCUUCUGAAAAUCCAAGAAGAAGUGGAAAGAAAAAUGUUGACAGGAUAGCAGCUUUCCAGCCCACGCUCAGAUCCUCCUGCUGACAAACACCAGGAUUUCUUUAAGCCAACGUUAACUAGCAUGAGAAGCUGAAUGCCCAGGGUGUUGAAUAGUCCGAGUUCCUUUAGAAUCCAUCUAUGGUAGGCUAGAAGAAUUAAAGUCGUUUGACUGUCAUACUCUGUAAGGAAAAGCAUGCGUAAUCUUUA